GAUGUUCCCUGGAUAAAUGGUUCAUUCUGUAUUCUGGGUUCUCUCAUCUGAAUAAUAGACCAGCUGCAGCCUAAUUCGCUGCUCUCGAUAAGUCUGUCCUCUCUGCGCUGUAGAUAUUCUUGAUCGACAGACAUUGUAAAACAAAUUGUGUGUAUAGAGGCAAUUGUGAUCAUGGGAGGCACAACGUGUGCAACACAAGUGGCCCCGGCGUCUGGCGCGUGUGUGUCGACCAGCCCGGGGUUCGAAGGGUUCGAGAAGCGCCUGGAGGUCGAGUUCCACGCCGCGCCGGUGUUCAAGGAUCCCAACGGACGCGGGCUGCGGGACCUGACGAGGGCGGAGUUGGACACGAUGCUGCGCGUGGCGGAGUGCACGAUCGUGGCGCAGAUGAGCAAUGCGGAGCUGGACUCGUACGUGCUGUCGGAGUCGAGCCUGUUCGUGUAUCCGCAGUGCAUUAUCAUCAAGACGUGCGGCACCACGAAGCUGCUGUGCGUGGUGCCGGUGCUGCUGGAGGCGGUGGCGCGGCUGGCGAUGAGGGUGAGGCGCGUGAAGUACACGCGCGGGACGUUCACGUUUCCGGCGGCGCAGCCGUAUCCGCACGGGAGCUUUUCGGAGGAGGUGGGGUAUCUGGAGAAGUACUUCGGGGGCGUCGGGGACGGCGGGCGGGCGUACGUGAUGGGGAGCCGGGGCAAGUUCCCGCAUUGGCACAUCUACACGGCGUGCGACGCGAAUGCGGAGGAUGCGAAGGCGGAGGAGGGAGUGUACACGCUGGAGAUGUGCAUGACGAAGCUGGACAAGUACGCGGCGGGGCAGUUCUUCAAGGGGAGCGGGAGGGAGAGCGGGUCGGAGAUGACGCAGGCGGCGCGCAUCCAGAGCUUGCUGCCGGGGUCGCGGAUCUGCGACUUCGCGUUCGACCCGUGCGGGUACUCGAUGAAUGGGAUCGAGGGAGCGGCGCACUCGACGAUCCACGUGACGCCGGAGGAGGGGUUUAGCUACGCGAGCUUCGAGGCGAUGGGGUACAGGGGCGGGGACGUGGACCUGGGGGCGCUGGUGGAGCGGGUGGUGGCGGUGUUCAAGCCCGCGGUGCUGGCGAUGAGCGUGCACGUGAGCGGGUGGGCGCGCGGGCGGGCAGGAUCGGGGUCGGGGUCGUGGGGGGCGUCGGUAUGUCCGCGCGGGUACGUGUGCAACGGGAGCAGCCGGCAGGAGCUGGCGUGCGGGGGCGCGGUGGUGUUCCACACGUUCCAGGACGCGACGAAGCUGGGGCGGGCGACGGCGGUGACGCCGCUGGCUUUGGCGCGCGGGGCGUACAUCAGGAAGCGGGGCUUGAAGAAGAUGUCGAUCAAGGGGAUCAAGUUGAAGAAAGAGACGGGGGCGAGCGCGGUGGCGGUAGGCAUGUAACUGUUCAAAAGUAUCAGACAUUUGAGAAGAAUUAAACUGUCGAAGAGCACGUCUUGGUUGCUGUGGAUGUGCAUCUCCCUAGAAGCACGAGGUGGAUGGAUGUCAGGGUGGUGUAUGUGGGAUUUAUGAGAUCUAUUAGGUGUUCAUAGAUUUGCAGAAAGUGUGGACAGCUGUCUGCUUUUAUCGACUACAUAAACUGCUGCAGCAUGAAAAUUCGACAGUUGGCUCGAAUUUGCGUGUGUGGCAGAUAUAAUAUAAUUUUCGCCAAGGCCCACUCGACCGGGAAUUUAAUAGGUUGUCCUUACGGCCGAGUGGAGUGUGCAGAAUUGUUAAAGUUAGAGGAAAAUAUGUGUAGUUGUAUUGAUGCGUAACAACAGAUGAACAAACUCGAAGAUAGGAAGUAGUACUUCUUGAUUAGGCAUCUUAGUCAAGAAUAUUGUACAACAUUAUGUUAUAAACAAUGACACAUUUGAUCAAAGCCUGUCCCAGGCCACUUGCAUAAUUA